AAAAAAAUGGGCUCAAAACCUCAACACUCCUCGGCCCUGCGGCGAAAUUACUGGAGAGAGCUGUAAAUGGGUAAAAUUAAGGACAAAACAGGAUAGACGUAAGUUCCAAUUUUAUCGUGCAAAGUUGAGUUGUUGGAGAACAACUGUUGUUAAAAGUGUGGGCAAAUCCCAAUUGUCGUCUGAAUCUGCCCGUACUGUGAAUAAAGAAGAAUACCGAACUUCACCCAUCUCGAAACUUUGAUUAAACCUCCUCAAGAACAAGUCAAAUCCUCGAUUUCCGGAGAACAGCGAAGAAAUUUUCGGUUUUUACCUAAACUGGGACUUAGGUGGAAUUUCAGAGAAAGAUGAGUUCCACCAGACACAGGACCCUAGGGGGUGGGGGUCAUCAUGUAUUGGACCAUCUGAGACGAACGCAAGCAGAGAAUCCUUCAUUCUUUUACGCAAUUCAAGGUGAUAAUGACCACACUUGUGGAAACAUACUUUGGGUAGAUGAUACAUCAAGGUUGAAUUAUACUUACUUUGGGGAUACUGUCAUAUUUGACACAACAUAUAGGAGAAAUUGCUAUAGGGUGCCAUUUGCCUCAUUCACAGGAUUAAACCAUCAUGGGCAGCCAGUUUUGUUUGGAUGUGCUCUAAUUUUCAAUGAGUCUGAGUCCUCGUUUAUAUGGCUAUUCCAAACAUGGCUUCGUGCAAUGUCAGAUCGCUGUCCCAUCUCUAUAUCAGCUGACCCAGAUCAUCUGAUACAGAUGGCUGUUACAAAGAUUCUUCCAGAAACACAUCUUCGUUUCAAUAAAUGGAGCAUUUUCAAAGAAACCCAAGAGAAGCUGGCUCACAUAUACCAAUCAUAUCCUACUUUUGAAACAGAAUUUAAGAAAUGUAUUAAUGAGACCGAGACAAGUAGUGAGUUUGAAUCAUCUUGGGUAUCGCUUCUGGAAAGGUACUUUGUCAAGGGUAAUGAAUGGCUUCAGUCAAUGUACAGUGCUCGGCAACAGUGGGUCCCUGUUUACAUGCGAGAUACAUUCUUUGGGGAGUUAUCUAUAACUGAGGGAAGUGGAGGUUUAAACUCAUUCUUUGAAGGGUUCGUGAAUGCAUCAACCACCAUACAGAUGUUGAUCAAGCAGUAUGAGAAAGCUGUAGCAAGUUGGAAUGAGAAAGAAUUAAAGGCAGAUUAUGACACCACUAACACUAAACCAAUUCUUAAGACACCCUCUCCCAUGGAAAAACAAGCAGCUAACCUCUAUACAAGAAGAAUAUUCAUGAAGUUCCAAGAGGAGUUGGUUGAGACCCUCGCUAAUCCUGCAACUAAAAUUGAGGACUCAGGAACUGUCACUACGUAUCGGGUUGCCAAAUUUGGGGAAGACCACAAAGCACACACUGUUAGCUUCAAUUCUUUUGAGACGAAAGCUAGUUGCAGCUGCCAAAUGUUUGAAAAUUCUGGAAUAAUAUGUAGGCACAUAUUAGCAGUUUUCAGAGCAAAAAAUGUUCUUACACUUCCUUCACAAUAUGUACUAAAACGAUGGACGAGAAAUGCCAAAACUGGGGUUGUGUUGGAGGAUCGUGCUUCUGAAUUGCCAAAUAAUUCUGGGGGGUCCUUAUCAGUUCGGUAUAACAAUCUACGCCAAGAAGCUAUUAAGUAUAUUGAAGAAGGGGCAAAAUCUAUCCACGUGUACAAUGUGGCAAUGGAUGCUUUACAAGAGGCAGAGAAAAAGGUUGCUGCUGCAAAAAGAAAAAGCCCUACAGCUACAGCAGAUGGAGCACUGGGCAACGGAGGUAAUAAGGACUUGCAUGCUGCAGGAGAUACUCAGACUGUGGCAUGUCAAUCUGCGGAUGAGAAGGAAAAGAGAAUUCGGGAAUUGACUACAGAAUUAGAGAGCAUAAACCAGCGAUGUGAAGUGUAUAGAGCAAAUCUACUGGCUGUUUUGAGGGAUAUGGAAGAACAGAAGUUAAAGCUGACUGUUAAAGUUCAAAACGCAAGGCUUAGUUUGAAAGAGUGAAUGUAUUGUACAUACUUAUAGUUGGCAUUUUAGCUUUUUGGAUGAUUGGCAAGAAUUGAGCAUGAUUGGGUUA